GACAUAAUUAUUUUUGUCGGUAUUAUUGGCAUGGCCGUGUUGCUGUCGUAUGCCUCGCAACCAAAAUAGUCCGUAAUGCCGACAUUUAUAAUCUUUACAAAAUUGCACUGCCUGAUGUUGGAAAUAUUAAAGGCAUCUGGGAGCCUCUCAAGUUCAAAAUGUCAAGCUUCAAUCAUCUUCCAAACCAUUCUCAUCCCUUUUCAUUCUCGUUUCUUUAGCUCAAAGUCACUUCUAUUGCUACCACCCCUUCUUUAGCCUUCACUUCAACGCCGAUAUCAAAAUGUCAAAUUUAACUCAUUCGGAUGGCCAUGGCACUGGUUAUGGUAAUGCGACUUUACUCAUGAAUCCACAUUUAUGUACACUUGAUACUUGUGAUCUUUCCUUGUCAAGUUUCGAGUAUCGACCAACCGUAGUUGGAAAUGCCAUAUACGCCGGUUUAUUCGGGUUACUCUGCAUUGGACAAUUGGGUCUAGGGAUCAAGUUCAAAACGUGGGGUUAUAUGAUUGCUAUCAUUCUUGGAUUGCUUCUCGAAGUCAUCGGUUACAUUGCCAGAAUUCUUAUUCACAACUCUCCUUUCGAUAACGAUUAUUUCCUGAUGUAUCUCAUCUGUCUCACUAUCGCCCCUGCUUUCCUCACUGCAGGAAUAUACCUUUGUCUAUCUCGAAUCGUCAUUGUUUACGGCCAAGAAAUAUCUCGCUUCAGACCAGGAACAUAUACCAUCAUCUUCUGUACCUGUGAUAUUAUAUCCCUCGUGCUCCAAGCCACUGGUGGUGCCAUCGCUUCACUUGCCGAUACACAGGACCAAAGCGAUUUGGGCAAAAAUAUCAUGUUAGCAGGUCUCGGUUUCCAAGUCUUUUCUCUCAUUCUCUUCGUUAUCCUCUGUGCCGAUUUCGCAUGGAGAGUUCGCUGCGCAAAAGGAUCUUGGAAUGCUCGCUAUAUCGAUCUUCUUUCUUCCACCCUUUUUAAUUCUUUCCUUGGCGCACUUUGCCUUGCGACAAUUACAAUCCUUAUUCGUUCCAUCUACAGAUGUGUGGAAUUAUCGGGCGGCUUCAAUGGCCCUCUUUUCGUUGGUCAUGAGGUGGAAUUCAUGAUUUUGGAAGGUGUGAUGAUUUCUGCUGCGACUAUAGGACUCACGCUAUUGCAUCCUGGAAUUGCAAUGAAAGGUGCGUGGGCGGAAGCAAACUUUAAGUUUAGGAGUAAGAACCAGGGAUUGGAACCUUUGAAGAGGGUGAGCGUUGGAAGUGAUAUUGAAAUGGAGGAUGGGAAGAUGUUUGCAAGAGAGUGAGAGGGUGAAUGGGCAAAUGGGUAAUUGGGUAAAUGGGUGGAUGUGUGGAUGGAGGGGCUUGAUGAAAAUGAUACCUUUUCUUUUUCUUGUGGUUCACGAUCUCCCUUUCGGGGAGCGAAGAAAGAAUUUCAUUUGUUUCUGCCUUUUAGGGAGUUAAAAGAAUGGGGCGGUGGUAACAUAGGAGUCUUACAGCAUUUACCGCGGUACAUGCAUGUUGUCCUGCCUCCAAUAUUCAUAUUAUAUAUAGAUUACAAUUAGAUACCAUUUUCUUAGUCUUUUCAUAUUCGAGUCCGUCAUCCACACUCUCUAUUUACUAAAAUACCUGUUCAGAGCUGCAGUUGUUGCAAUUUUAUAUAUUCCUGCAUUUAUCGUUCACUGAUGAAGAGUAAUUAACAAUAAUUAGAAUAUGCA